CGGAACUUCUAGUAACACUUACGUCGAGUUGGAAUCGAGUUUAAACCCCCACAAGACAGAAUGAGCGCCGGGCGGCCAUCAGAAGGAGCAGGCUGCGUCACUUGGUGGGGCUUCAGUCCUGCACGAGACCUCGUCAAUACAGGUCCAGUAAAACGUGACCGGGAAGUCAACCUUUUACUGGUUGGAAGUGGAGAUCCGAGACAUAUUCUGAAGUCUGUUGCUGGUCUGAGGGAGGAGGACGUCCUUAAUGUAUGGCUGCUUGAAAGCAGCAUGGAGGUGGUGGCCAGACAGAUGCUGCUGCUCUACAUUGCACUGACUCCCCAGGAAAUGAUGGGACUUAACGAGAAGACAGAGGUGUUCUUGGAGUUGUUCGGCAACAGCGUGAUCCGCAGUCAGACGGAGGACACCUUGAAACGUGCGGCGUCGCAGCUGUCGCUCCACAUCAACGACACCAUGGAGUCAGACAUGCAUCCUUGCUUGGACACAUCCCUUCUCAAGUUCAGGGAGCGGGAUGAGCUGGUGAGGAUUUUUAAAUCGUGGGUGCAGCCUUCUACGUCGUCUGCCCCUAUCUCCAUCUCCAAAGCCUGGGAUUAUAGAGUGAGGCAGCACCUUGGGACACGCUACGACUCCAAGAGGGGCUGCUUCGACUGGGACCUCACGAUGAAGCUACACGAGAAAGGGUGUAGUGUCAUCAACAAGCAGCAGUACAUGCGGUGGAGAGAUUGCGGCCAGGCCUUUGAACUAAGAGAGGGGGUCUACCAAAUAACCAACCCGAGCCUGCUGUCUCUGCGUGUCUUCAACCAAAGAGUCGACCGAGUGGCCCUGAGAGGCUACUGGGGAGACAUUGUGUCCAGUCCGUAUAUCUCCUUUGGCAUUGAAACUGAAGACAAAAACUUGCUGAAGACGCAGAACGGGCAGCACAUGAAGACAGCCCAGGACAUCUCCUUUGCAAAUGUGCAGAAAUUGCUUCAAUCUUUGUCCAAAAGACUGGAAGGUCCUCCGAUUCCUCAGUCCAGCGCAAAGGAGGAACAAGCACACACAACUAGUGACCAUAAACUUGUCACCAUCAAUGACCUGAUGCGUCUCAAUCGCGUUUCUAUCAACUUCCUGCCUUUGGAUUCCCUUGAGAAGAUGCCCGACAAAGGGAAAUACGCCCAUUUCUUCAAUAUAGUCUACUUUUCCACCAGCUCUGCGCACCAUUUGAGCGCAAAAAUCAAGCAGAUUGCAGCACCAGACGCUGUGCUCGUUGUGGAGUUGGCCAAGUACAUUUUGGACCUGAACAAAGAGCAAGAAGCGGGCUUUGCCGAGCGAGUGUCCAGCAUGUGUACGGAUGCUGGAUUCCAACUGUGUCGUGAGGCAACUAGUGAUGACGUCCAUGCUGUCUUCAUCCCACAGAAAGACAUUGCAUAGGAGAUUAGAGAUGUGUGUUUACCUGCACCCUUCUGUCAAAUACUAUUUCACACCACAAGCGAGGAAUACAACUGUGUAACUGCAUGCCACACAGUCAUUUAUUCAUGUCAUUUGGUACAACACUGCGUAGACCUUGCCUUCAUUAGGGUGUGGACUCACUUCCAGCGUCCUCCAACCUUCCCUUUACCGUGCACCUUUUUGCUUUGGGACAAGAGAACAUCUUUGAGCGUACAGUGCGUGUGUGUGUGGGCCUUUCACUGGAGUACCACAUGAAGAUGGACUCACAACUUUUGAGCGUGGUGGAUUCUGUUCAGGAGGACGUUGAUCUGGAAAAGAGCAGAAGAUACGUAAGAGCAUCCAACAAAAGUUUUUGUUAAAGUCUCUAAACCACAGGUGGGCAAAUAUUUUGACUCGGGGGCCACAUUGAGAGAAAAAAAUGUGUGAAGUGAAUUAUAUUUAUAUAGCGCUUUUUCUCUAGUGACUCAAAGCGCUUUUACAUAGUGAAACCCAAUAUCUAAGUUACAUUUAAACCAGUGUGGGUGGCACUGGGAGCAGGUGGGUAAAGUGUCUUGCCCAAGGACACAACGGCAGUGACUAGGAUGGCGGAAGCGGGGAUCGAACCUGGAACCCUCAAGUUGCUGGCACGGCCACUCCACCAACCGAGCUUUACCGCCCCAGUAUAGCUUGACCCCCCGCGUCUGGGAGCCAAUGUGUAUGUGUGUAUAAAUUAUACCAAAGUCACAAUGUCCGAUAGAAUUCUAAAAAAGUUAUGACAGACCACCUCAAAAAAACUGAAUGGAUUUUUACAGUUUUUUUUACUGAAUGGAACACCCAAAAUGUACAUUAAAAUAAAGAAAGUUGGAUUUACAAUAUUAACUACGAAUAAUAAAACACUGAAUAUUAACAAUAUAUGAACAUCGCUCCUCUUUUACUUCUCAGACCAGCUCCUCGAUAGUUGUGUAUCUUUUACAAUCAAGCAAAACACAACAAAAAUGUAACAAACAGCAACAUAUGAAUGCAAAGGGUAAUAAACACCUACAAUAUGAUAAAUUGUCACUUUUAUGCAGAAAUUUGUUGUAAAAAUUAGCUUCCGCAUCUGUUCCUGACACCUGUGUUUUGGGCUGGCUGCUCUGAAAACAAACUCCGCUCACUCUGCUUUGUUCCUCGCCUGAGCUGCUGUGACGUAGAUUACCGUAAAAACUCGUAUAACACUCAAAAGCGCAGAUUUCAACCAUUGAAAUACUUUCUUUAGUUCAAGACUUACGGUACCGGUAAUUUAAAAACAGCACAGCACAUCAUAAUGGCGGCUACAGUUUUGAUGUUAAAGGUCUAAAAAAGUUAUGUAAAACAUCCGGCGGGCUGGUUGAAAAUCCUAAUGGGCUGCGGGCCGUAUUUUGCCCAGGUCUGCUCUAAAAGGACGAUUCAUGAGCUGCAGCUCCCGAGUGUUAGUAGCAAUUACUUUUUUACCUGGUUAAAUAAAAGAAAAUGAAUUAAAUGAUAAAUGGGUUAUACUUGUAUAGCGCUUUUCUACCUUCAAGGUACUCAAAACGCUUUGACAGUAUUUCCACAUUCACCCAUUCACACAGAUGGCGGGAGCUGCCAUGCAAGGCGCUAACCAGCAGCCAUCAGGAGCAAGGGUGAAGUGUCUUGCCCAAGGACACAACGGACGUGACUAGGACGGUAGAAGGUGGGGAUUGAACCCCAGUAACCAGCAACCCUCCGAUUGCUGGCAUGGCCACUCUACCAACUUUGCCACGCCGUCCCCAAUUAAAUGACGAAGUGGCUUGGGAGAGGGAAGUCUGGGCUUCCCUGCUUAAGCUGCUGCCUCCGCGACCCGACCUCGGAUAAGCGGAAGAAGAUGGAUGGAUGGAUGGAUGGAUGGAUGGAAUUAAAUGACAAUUCUGACCGAGAUGCACAGGCACUUUAGUUCCAUUUUAUAGUUAUAGUAUGAAUCGCGCCCUCAAAAAAUCAAACAUUACAAAGUGAGAUUUGUAUUAAUUUAAAUAAACAAUGUUAAUACAUUUUAAGAUCUUUCAUAGUCAUAUUUAAGACUCAAGGUUUUAAGGCCUUAAAUUCAAAUUAUUGGAUUUUAUCGUGACCUCUAUGGAAAGUCAAAUUCAAGGACCCAGAUUUCCCUCGCCCGGACGCGGGUCACCAAGGUCCCCAUCUGGAGUCAGGCCCAGGGGUGGGGCUUGAUGGCAAGCGCCUGGUCAGAUCUAGUCAGACUCACUUGUUGCUCAUCCGCAACAAGAGUCUAAUACAAAAGGUAAAAGUGAUAUACGAUGUUCAUUAAAAAGUAUUUUGCAUUUUGUUUUCUACAUGUAAAACUAUGAUUAUAUUUGAUAAAAUGUGUUUUGUGUUAAUAUGUUUGAGUGUCUGGAACAGAUUAAUUUAAUAUAAAUCAAAAGUCUGCAGGGGGGUCGUGAAAUUUUUUGUUGAUUAGUAUUAUUUUUUUUCUUUCACAAAUUCAAAUGUCUUUGUAUACACAUUAGCAUUGAUUCAACACAAUGACAAUGGAGUGAACAUAUACAUGGACUCGAGUAGUAGCUGUGUGUGAAUGAGGCACACAGCUGCGUUAACCUUUUCAAGCCAAAUAGUUCAGGAAUUUUUCUCCAAAGGGCAGCUACACCAAGUAAUAUUGCAGUAACGCCACUUUUUAGUUAACUUUACAUGCUUUAUUAUGCCUUCCAUGCAGCAGUGUGCCAUGGAAGUGAGAAUGAACAUCACAAAAAGCUCAGUGGAGGAUCAACAACCACGCACAUUUGUUCCCUAUUUCAUGACGAUCGCGACCGUGAUUAAAGAUAAAAGUAAUAAUGUUUAUGAAAUCUAGGGUGGUCAUUGACACUGUGCCGUUAAAAACCUGCAGGGGAAGAGGAGGUUAUCCUUCUUGUCUAGCCUGGGACAAUAUUUAAAAAAGGUCGAAAUGCCUGAAAAACAACAACAGUCUGUUUUUAUUAUUGUUUCAUUUAUUUCUUGUUUUUAAUCUUAUUUGUUUUGUUUUUUUGUCGUUUGUGUGUUCCGUGUACAGUAUGGGUGAAUUAGGAUAUCAUUUAUUAAUAUUUUAGAGUAUUGCACAAUAAAAAGGGACCAAUAGGACCAGUUUAAUUCAAAACACAAAUGUACACAAAAUAUAAUUAAUUGAUAUAGUUGUUUGUGGGUCUUUGGCCAGGGAAAUGUUGA